CACUUCAACACCACACCUUGCACUCUCAGCAUUCAGGAUGCCCUGUGCCAAGGUGCUAACCUUCAUAAAGGGCCUGUCUCGCCGGAAGCCCCUGGAACCAGAUGGCGAGGAGUCCAACUUCAAACGGUGUUUGACUACUCUGGACCUGGUGGCCCUGGGGGUGGGCAGUACACUAGGGGCUGGCGUCUACGUCCUGUCCGGUGAGGUGGCCCGAACCGUGGCUGGUCCUAGCAUCAUCGUCUCCUUCUUCAUCGCGGCCGUGGCUUCUGUCUUCGCGGGGCUGUGCUACGCCGAGUUUGGUGCCCGUGUUCCCAAGACAGGGUCGGCGUACCUCUACAGCUACGUCACUGUGGGAGAGGUGUGGGCAUUCGUCACUGGAUGGAACCUUCUACUGUCCUACGUCAUAGGUACUUCCAGUGUUGCCAGGGCCUGGAGUGGCACCUUUGAUGACCUGAUCGGGAAUGUCAUUGCUAAUUAUCUGAGCGAGCAUGUAUGCAUGGAUUUGCCUGGACUCGCUGCUUACCCAGACUUCUUUGCAGCCACUCUUAUUAUGCUCUUGGCAGGUAUCCUUGCUUUUGGAGUGAAGGAAUCAGCAAUACUCAAUAAGCUCUUCACUGCUGUAAAUAUAGUUGUGUUGCUGUUUGUCAUUGUUGCUGGAUUCAUUAAGGGUGAUCUUGGAAACUGGCAACUAACUAAGGAGGACAUCAUCAAUGCUUCGCUAUCUGUAAAUGACUCAUCCACAAACCUUACUAAUGUAAAUUAUGGAAAUGGAGGAUUCUUCCCAUUUGGAUUUGAGGGAACGUUGGCUGGAGCAGCGACUUGCUUCUAUGCAUUUGUGGGAUUUGACUGUAUUGCCACCACAGGCGAGGAGGUUAAGGACCCCCAGAAGUCCAUCCCCCUGGGUAUAGUGUCCUCACUCCUUAUCUGCUUCCUGGCUUACUUUGGGGUGUCGGCUGCCCUCACCCUUAUGAUGCCCUACUACCAGCUGAGCAUGCAGAGCCCUUUGCCAGUUGCUUUCACCUAUGUGGGCUGGGAGCCAGCCAAAUAUGCUGUUGCCGUGGGCUCCCUGUGUGCCCUCUCCACAAGUCUGUUGGGGUCUAUGUUCCCUAUGCCCCGUGUCCUGUUUGCCAUGGCCCGAGAUGGACUGCUCUUCAAACCCCUGAGUAAAAUGAGCUCCAGGCAGAGUCCUGUCAUAGCUACAAUCUCUUCAGGAGUAGUGGCAGCUGUCAUGGCCUUGGUGUUUGACCUGAAGGCCCUGGUGGAUAUGAUGUCCAUUGGUACCCUGUUUGCCUACACUCUGGUCGCUGUCUGUAUCCUCAUCCUCAGAUAUCAAGCAAUUUCAGAGGAGGUCAGUGAAAAGCAGGACUGGAGUCUUCUGAGACCCCCCUCAUCUCCUACUCCUACAAGUUCUAAAGUUGUAUCAUUACUCACCACUUUUGUCAUUGUGCUGUCAGUGAUUGUGGGAGUGAUUCUGACUAAAGGAAUGGAGUCCAUUCUUGCUCAGGAGUGGUGGAUGAUUCUUAUUCUCACAAUACUUCUGCUCUGUAUGUUCAUCACUGUCAUCAUCAUCUGGAGACAACCCCAGAGCAGCACCAAAGCUGCUUUCAUGGUUCCUCUUCUGCCAGUGCUUCCCAGCCUUAGCAUCUUCAUCAAUAUCUAUCUCAUGGUUCAGCUUGGAGGAGAUACCUGGAUCCGCUAUGCAGUAUGGAUGGCAAUAGGCCUCCUGAUCUAUUUCAGCUAUGGCGUGUGGCACAGUGUCCAGAAGACACGGGACCAGUCUUCUCACCGGGUCCAAAUCCAAACCAUUGACGAUAAACUGAAGCAGGCCAACAAAGAUGGUUCUUGCUCCCCUCUUCCACAAACCAAGCUCUAAGGGUUUUGCCCUGCUGCGAGUAUAAUAGGUUUGGACACUUGUUUGUGUGUGUGUGUGUGUGUGUGUGUGUGUGUGUCUGUGUUUUAACUUGUUUUGUUUUUGCUUUUUAUG